CUUUAACAUCUUCUUUCCCUUUCUCUCUCCUCACUUUCUCUCUCUUCUCUUCGAACUUUUCUUCUUCACUUGUUCUAUUCAUUCUUCAAAUCUUUCACUAAAUCUCACAAAAUUCAAUCUUUCUCUCAAUUCCCCUAAAUCCCAAUUCAAUUCUUCCCACUUUAAAACCCAGAAAAAUUGUGAUCCAAAUUCCUUUAUUUUCCUCCUUUUUCUUCUCUACUUAAAGCAAAAUCUAACUCCCUUAAAUCUUGCGCUUUUUAAUGGCUAAACGUGGAUAUAAGCUCCAAGAAUUUGUGGCUCAUUCAUCAAAUGUGAAUUGUCUUCGGAUUGGGAAGAAAGCAUGUCGCCUCCUUUUGACAGGUGGAGAUGAUCAUAAAGUUAAUUUGUGGGCAAUUGGCAAACCCACCUCUUUGAUGAGCCUGUGUGGUCAUACAACUCCAGUAGAAAGCUUGGCCUUUGACUCAACGGAGGUUUUAGUUCUUGGCGGGGCUUCUUCCGGAACAGUGAAGUUAUGGGAUCUAGAAGAAGCAAAAAUGGUUCGAACUCUCACUGGCCAUCGAGCCAACUGCAUGUCCAUUGAAUUCCACCCGUUUGGAGAAUUUUUUGCUUCUGGUUCAGCAGACACUGAUCUAAGAAUUUGGGAUAUAAGAAAAAAAGGAUGUAUUCACACAUACAAGGGCCACACUCGAGGGAUUAAUAAUAUUAAGUUCACACCUGAUGGUCGAUGGGUUGUUUCUGGUGGAUUUGAUAAUGUUGUGAAGGUAUGGGAUUUGACUGCUGGAAAAUUGUUGCAUGAUUUCAAGUUCCAUGAUGGUCCCAUUAGAUCCUUAGACUUUCAUCCGCUCGAGUUUCUUUUAGCCACAGGCUCAGCAGAUAGAACUGUUAAAUUCUGGGACUUGGAAACUUUUGAAAUGAUUGGAUCUGCCAGGGCUGAGGCUACCGGUGUGCGUGCCCUAACCUUUCAUCCUGAUGGGAGGACCCUCUUUUGUGGAUACGACAAUAACUUGAAGGUACAUUCAUGGGAGCCUGUGAUAUGUCACGAUUCCAUUGACAUGGGCUGGACAACUCUAGGUGAUCUUUGCAUUAAAGAAGGAAAGCUCAUAGGUUGCUCUUACUACCGGAAUUCUGUUGGAGUUUGGGCGGCUGAUCUCGCGCAUAUUGAGCCAUAUGGGACUAGUGAUUCCGGUACACCUCAAGUGAGAAACCCUGCGGAGCUAAAGGCUGACAUGAGAGAUGGUCAUUCUCCUGAAGUAUUGUCAACUGUUGGAUCAACUUUCAGCUCUCGGUCGACAUCCCCUGAUCCUGAUGCUAAAGAUAUUAAGAAUAUAUAUGUGGACUAUGAAAAGCCCAUCAGCUCUCGCAAAAGUCGCUUACAUAAUAUUUCUAAAGCUAGAUCGUCAUCUGACUUGAAGGAUACCAGCAAGUUGUCUUCUAAAAAGCAAAAUACUCCGAAUGCUACAACCGGAACAUCUACUAGAACUAGUGGUAGAUCUUUUGUUGUCCCAACUUUUGUUCCGAGAGAGAGUUCGGGUGGCAAAAGUUUAACCAAUUCUAGACGAGAGUCCAUUACACCUGCAAAAUCUGGUGCUGGGGGUUCGUUCAAGGCUACCCACAUAAGGAAGUCAUCCAAGAGCAAAUUCAAUGUAGAUGAUCCAGAGCCGAAUUUUGUCGAUAGACUUGUACUAGAAACGGGAGCUACAGACAGUUCCGAUGGUAAAAGUUUUGCCAAUUGUAGAAGAGAGUCAAUUAUAUCCGUAAGGCCAGGUAGCGGGGGUUCGAUCAAGGCUACUCUUACGAGGAAUUCAUCCAAGAGCAAAUUUGAUAUAGAUGAUGUGAAAUCUAAUUUCCUCGAUAGACUUGUUCUGGAAGUGGAAGAAUCAGAUGAAAAUAAGAAUCAUAGUCCUGCAAGUAUUGAAGAACAGUUAGAAAAUCCAUCUCCUCCGAUGAUUCUGAAUCCCGAGAGUGUUGGUGAUGAUAACUUUGACCGCAAAGAGAGACAAAAUGUGAAAGUCGAAGGAGCGAUUAAAGUUUCUCAUGGAAGGACACGUUCUCUUGUUGAGAAGUUUGAAAGACGGGGAAGAUUCGGGGUCAAGGAAGAUCAAACAACCAGCUCAUCCCCUGAUCUAAAUUCUGAUAGGAUACACAGCUCUACUGUUCAAAAAGAAGAACCUCAAAUUUCUGGGAGAGAGUCAGUCUCAGCGAAUGAUGGGUGUAUUAUUGAAGAUCUUAUGCAAAAUCAUGAUGUCCUAUUAAGCGGUCUUCGUUCUCGCCUUACUAAGUUGCAGAUGGUCCGACAUUUGUGGGAACGAAAUGACAUUAAAGGUGCUAUUACAGCUCUCAAGAAGUUACCAGAUCAUUCUGUCCAGGCUGAUGUUGUCGGUGUUUUCUCGGAGAGAAUGGAAAUCGUUACGAUGGACUUGUUCUCCUGUAUGCUACCUAUUCUGGUUGGACUCUUGGACAGCAAGAUGGAAAGGCAUGUAAAAAUGUCUUUGGAGUUGUUGCUUAAACUUGUUGCGUGUUUUGGGCCUACAAUUUGCUCUACCAUCUCAGCACCUCCUUCCGUGGGUGUUGAUCUUCAUCAAGAAGAAAGGAUUGCGGCCUGCAAACAGAGUUUUGUUGAGCUGCAGCAGGUACAAAGACUUCUUCCUGCACUUGCCAGGAAGGGUGGAUCGCUUGCAAGAUCUGCUUUGCAACUGAAUCUUGUUCUCGAAGAUCAUAGCAUUUGAUUUUUGUUAUAGUUGUUUCGGAAGAGUGAAGAUGGAUUUGUUUCGUUGUCAUGCCUCGUCCGAUUUUGAAGAUUUGAUACGCUGAUUUUUGCUUAUCUGCCACCACCUAUUAAUCUUCUUUGGAUGGCGCCUAGAACCAAGAAUCAGUACUAUGACGUAUACAAGUAGGUUUGAUUCUUUGUAAGAAAGUCCAUCAAGAGGAUGCGCGUUAAGAGUUUCGGCUAACGCCAUUCUUCCUGGAUGGGCGCCGCAUGUAUUUGUAACUGCUAAUUGUUAUAUGACUCGCUGCGUGUAUGUAUAUGUAUGUACGUAUGUAAUAGUGUCUAUUCAAUUAAAGGAUUGCCCAUGUUUUUCAUAUUGGGCAGUUCUUGAGACUUUGUGAAUUCCUAUAAACAAAUACCAACAUCAAGCAUCUUAUCAGCAUCUUUUCCAUUGAUCCGGUCUAUGAUGUUUCAAAUUAUUGUCAUGUUUCAUCUAAAGGUGUUUAAAAGAGACUCGAUGGUCUGAUAUUCACCUGACCUUAAAAUUAAACUCGAUUUGACCCGACUUGAAAAUGGAUUUACACUUGUGCAAUAACCAAUGUAGGCAUAAUUCUCGAUUUUGAACCGACUUGAGCUUCUAAAUUGAAAUCUACCUGAUAAUUUGAAUGAACAAGUUUAAUUCCAUCUUUAAAUUCAUAUAAUUUUAUAUUAUUUUAAUCAAAUAGAAACAUGUCUUUGAGAC